AUGGUUGGGAUCUUUUCGUUGGUGACAGGACGGCCUGGACCAAGUGGGUUUGGUUCUGCAUCCACUGCUGAAGAGGUUACGGAAGGAAUUGAUGGAAGCAACCUGACUGCUAUAAUAACUGGAGGAGCAAGUGGAAUUGGGUUGGAGACUUCAAGAGUAUUGGCUCUUCACAAAGUCCAUGUCAUCAUUGCUGCAAGGAACUUGAAAGCUGCCAAUGAAGCACAAAAAGUUAUUCUUGCAGAGGAUGAAACCGCCCGUGUAGAUGUUUUGGAGCUUGAUCUGUGCUCUAUUAAGUCCAUUACAGCAUUUGCUGACAAAUUCAUUGCUCUUAAUCUUCCUCUCAAUAUCUUAAUAAACAAUGCUGGAAUCAUGUUCUGCCCCUUUCAGCUUUCCCAAGAUGGAAUAGAGGUGCAGUUUGCAACUAAUCAUAUUGGGCAUUUCCUCUUGACAAACGGUCUGUUAGACACGAUGAAGAACACAGCUAAAGCCACUGGUAUACAGGGAAGGAUUGUUAACUUAUCAUCAAUUGCCCAUAGCCACUGUUAUAAAAAUGGGAUCCGAUUUGAUCGGAUCAGCGACAAAGCUGGUUACAAUGACAAAAGAGCGUAUGGGCAGUCCAAAUUAGCAAAUAUAUUACAUGCCAAUGAACUCUCUCGUCGAUUGCAGGAGGAGGGUGUGAACAUCGCAGUCAAUUCUGUCCACCCUGGAUUGAUUAUGACGCCUCUGUUUAGGCACUCUUGGUUCCUAAUGAAUUUUCUGAAGUUCUUCAGCUUCUUCCUGUGGAAGAAUGUUCCUCAGGGGGCAGCUACAACCUGCUACGUCGCACUCCACCCACGCCUGAAGGGAGUCACCGGGAAAUACUUUGCGGACUGCAAUGAGACGACACCAAGUUCAUAUGCUAGAAAUGAGGAUUUGGCAAGGAAACUAUGGGAUUUCAGCAACAAACUGAUUAACUCAGUUUCAAAGCCUUAAAUCGAAUCAACGGCUCUCCAUCCAAAUGAAAACUACAUUAUUAUAUUAUAUGAAGACAGAAGCCUAACUUGUGCUAUUCCCUAUAAGUUGAAA